AUGGCGGCGAAGCAAGCUGAAGUUGUUGUGAAAAUCUCCGGCCAGAGCAGCCCCGAAGCAGAUCAGACUGCGAAACUCUCCGGCCAGUCGCCGGCGAACACGACGGGGGAAGACGGUAGCUGCGAAAUUACGAACGAUACCGACUUCGAAAUCCACACGGAGUCUCCUACUUCUCAGCCCUCGCCAUUGUCGAGAAUUGUUGAGAGCCCUACUAGUGAGAAUCUUCGGCGGCGGUCCGGUCGAGCCGGCGGUAAUGGUAAUGGCAGUGGUACUAGUUCUGAUGAAGUUGUUACUUGCAAUUCAAACUCAUCGUUUCGGAGGAAAUCGAGUUUGCUGAGGAUGAAGGCUAAGUCGAGGCUGAUGGAUCCUCCGGGGAUGGAUGAGAGGUCUGUGAAGUCUGAUGAGUUGGAUGAGGAUGAUCCAUUUCCUGAAUAUGAUAUACCUGAGAAGUACAAGACGAUGAAGCUUGGUAAGUGGACUGUCCUUCAGUGUUUUAUCUUGAUUUUGAUUGUUGCUGCGUUAGUUUUUAGUCUUUUUAAGAAGUGGCGUUUGUUUGGGCUUCAAUUGUGGAAAUGGUAUGUGGUGGUGGUUUUGAUAUGUGGGCGGUUGGUUUCGGGGUGGGGGAUUAGGGUGGUUAUGUUUUUGGUUGAGAAGAAUUUUAUGCUGAGGAAACGAGUUUUGUAUUUUGUGUAUGGGUUGAGGAAAGGGGUUCAGAAUUGUAUAUGGUUAGCCCUGAUUUUGAUUGCUCUGCAGUUGAUAUUUGAUAAGACAGUAGAGAGGGUGACAAACUGGAAGAUUUUGCCGCAUGUCACUAGAAUUUGGGUGUGUUUGUUGGUGGGUAUUUUGGUGUGGCUUGUCAAGACGUUUCUUGUUAAGGUCUUUGCUUCAGCGUUUCAUGUGAGCACGUAUUUUGACCGGAUUCAAGAGUCUUUGUUUGAUUAG